AUGAAGACCUACAUGAUACUUUUUCUCACCUUUACAUUGGCGUAUUGCCAAUCUCUGAACAACGAAUAUCUUCCACCAAAAGAAGCUGCUGCUGGGGGUGGUGCUGGUGCUGGAUAUCCCAAAGGUGGUCCCAGUACACCUCAAAACCUGGACGACCUCGCUGCUAAAUUCGGUUAUUCCAGAUCAUGCGCCAGCUGUAUCAAUCCUGCUGCUCAGGAUGGGCCACCAAAAGCGCCCUAAAUUAUUAUAUGUGUUGAUGUGUUUUUCGUAAUAAACGUUAUUGAUGGUUUUUAUUGAA